CGCGGGGUUCGCUUAGUGCUGCCUUCCCGCCUUCACGUGCUUCCAGAGCAAUGGCGGCGUCCGUGAGGGGCGGGAGCGUGGCCCCGGUGCCCGCCGCAGCCCGAGGUCGGCGAGCAGCACAGCAGAUUCCCGAGGAGAUCCUCGGUAACGCGGAGCUGCGGGAAGCGGCGGAGGCUCUGCCCCGAAACUACAACUUCGAGAUCCCCAAGACCAUCUGGCGGAUCCGGCAGGCUCAGGCCAAGAAGGUGGCCCUGCAGAUGCCGGAGGGGCUCCUCAUGUUUGCCUGCACCAUCGUGGACAUCAUUGAGCGGUUCACGGACGCGGAGGCGGUGGUGAUGGGCGACGUGACCUACGGCGCGUGCUGCGUGGAUGACUACACGGCCCGGGCCCUCGGCGCUGACUUCUUGGUGCACUACGGACACAGCUGCCUGAUUCCCAUCGACGCCACGCAGGGGCUGAAGAUGCUCUAUGUGUUUGUGGACAUAAAGAUCGACACGUCCCAUUUCCUCGAGACCAUUCGCUUCAACUUCGCAGCAGGCACCUCCCUGGCCCUCGUCAGCACCAUCCAGUUCGUCUCCACAGUGCAGGCGGCAUCGCAGGAGCUGCGCUCCCAGUACAAGGUGUGUGUGCCCCAGUGCAAGCCGCUGUCCCCAGGGGAGAUCCUGGGCUGCACGUCACCCCGGCUCAGCCAGGACACGGACGCCAUCGUGUAUUUGGGCGACGGGCGCUUCCACUUGGAGUCCAUCAUGAUUGCCAACCCGGGGAUACCUGCCUACAGGUACGAUCCCUACAGCAAGGUCUUCUCCCAGGAGCACUACGGCCACGAGCGCAUGCGCUGUGCCCGGCAGGACGCCAUCCGCACCGCUGCCAGCGCCCGCUGCUGGGGGCUCAUCUUGGGCACGUUGGGGCGACAGGGCUCCCCAAGCAUCCUGCAGCACCUGGAGUCGCGUCUCCGCGCCCUGGGCCGGCCCUUUGUGCGGGUGCUGCUGUCCGAGAUCUUCCCCAGCAAGCUGCAGCUCUUCCCUGACGUGGACGCGUGGGUGCAGGUAGCCUGUCCCCGGCUCUCCAUCGACUGGGGAGAAGCCUUCAGCAAGCCACUGCUGACACCGUACGAGGCUGCGGUGGCUCUCCAGGACAUCGAGUGGCAGCAGCCUUACCCCAUGGACUUCUACGCCAGCCAGUCCCUGGGGCCGUGGACGGUGAACCACGCUGGCACACGGCCCCCGUCCCACGGCCGGCCAGCCCAGGAGAAUCCACCUGCGCCCCCCACCCCGGUGGAGGAGAGCCUGAGCAUUGGGGGCCCAGCACCUCCGUGAGCGCAGCCCGCACCCCGCCCAGCCCUCACCAUGCUCCGGGACACGGCACGGGCUCUGGCCCCGGCCC